CAACACGUGUCCAUCUUUUCCAAUUUACCAAGUCCCACCUCAAACGAACACCACUCCUAGAGCUCCAUAACCAUGGCGUCCCUCGCCGGACCUUCUAACCCCUUCCCCCGCCCAUUCAACCGCCGGUCCCAAACCCAAACCCGUUACGACCCGAGACCCGACCCAAGACAAUCACAUGGCCCGGGCAAUGGCAACAACAACGGAAACACGGUCACUGUAACCGAGAGAAGACCCGCCGACCUCGUGAGAAUUAAUGAGAGAGAAGUUAGAGAGAGAAAAGAGGACACAAACAGAAAAAUAGCUUCUAAAAAGGCGAUUUCGAUUAUACUGAGGAGAGAAGCCACGAAAGCCGUCAUCGAAAUGAAGAAGGGGGAUUCCAAAAAGCUGUUGCCGAGAACUGUUCUCGAAGCCCUUCACGAACGUAUCACCGCUUUGCGCUGGGAAUCUGCUCUCAAGGUUUUUGAACUCCUUAGAGAGCAACUUUGGUACAGGCCGAAUUAUGGUAUAUAUAUAAAGCUAAUUGUCAUGCUGGGGAAAUGCAAACAACCCGAGAAAGCUCACACCUUGUUUCAGGCAAUGGUAGAUGAAGGUUGUGUUGUGGACCGUGAGGCUUACACUGCUCUUAUGUCUGCAUACAGCAGAAGUGGAUUUCUUGACAAAGCAUUUUCGAUUCUCGAACUAAUGAAGAAGAUUCCAAACUGUCGACCUGAUGUCUUCACGUACUCGAUCCUCAUAAAGUCGUGCCUCCAAUUUUAUGAAUUCGAGAAAGUGCAGUCUCUACUUGCUGACAUGGAAGUGCAGGGAAUCAAGCCUAAUACAAUCACGUACAACACUCUCAUCGAUGAAUAUGGAAAGGCAAAGAAAUUCUCAGAGAUGGAAUCACUGCUCGUGCAAAUGCUAAGAAAACGUGAAUGCCAACCGGACGUUUGGACAAUGAACUCCACUAUAAGAGCCUUCGGCGGCAGCGGACAAAUCGAAAUGAUGGAAAAAUGCUACGACAAGUUCCAAAAAUCCGGAAUCGAACCCACAAUCAAAACAUUCAACAUACUCCUCGAUUCCUACGGCAAAACGGGAAACUACGAAAAAAUGAGCUCCGUCAUGCAAUACAUGCAAAAAUACCACUUCUCUUGGACACUAAUAACCUACAACAUAGUCAUAGACGCCUUCGGAAGAGGCGGCGACUUAAAGCAAAUGGAGUUUUUGUUCCGUCUUAUGCAAUCCGAGAGAAUAAAGCCGAAUUGCGUCACACUUUGCUCUCUCGUGAGAGCUUAUGGGAAUGCUGGCAGAAUCGAGAAAAUUGGAGCGGUUUUGAGAUAUGUUGAUAAUUCUGAUGUUAUGCUUGAUGUUGUGUUCUUUAAUUGCUUGGUUGAUGUUUAUGGUAUGAUGGGGUGCUUUGUGGAGAUGAAGGGGGUGAUCGAGAUGAUGAAGAGGAGGGGUUGUGUGCCCGACAAGGUUACUUAUCGGACGAUGAUUAAAGCGUAUACGAUGGGUGGGAUGAAUGGACAUGCGAAGGUGCUUCGUAAGGAACUUGCUUCGUUGUAGAGGAUUAUUUCCCUUUCUUGAAAAGGAACUUCAUGUAUUAUGUGCAGAGUUGUACAUUAGACUGUACUGAUUGGUUAUUAAUUGUUCUAUACUAUCCCUGAAAUACCAUAAACUAUGAUAUGAUUGUAGUUAAAUUAGGGUUGUUAUGAAAUCAUAUUUAAUAUUGGAAUUUAACACUUUC